GCUAAAAGACAUGUCAGAGUACRAAAAAAAUAAAAACAAAAAUCGUCCGUGGAUUGAUCAAAUUCAAUCGUUCAAUGAAUUAUAUCGUAAUACAGAAAAUAAAGAAAUGAUCCCAAGAAAAAAACUGGGAUGGGUCAAAGGCGUGUUGAUUCCAUGUCUACUCAACACCUGGAGUGCGAUACUUUUCUUUCGGAUGCCGUGGAUGUUAGGACAUGCUCCAAUGUUUCAUUCAAUCAUUGUCGAAACCAAUACAACCAACUUUUCACAAACAUCAAUUCAACCGUCUUUUCUUGAUGCCCCAUUAACAAUGGAAGUAACAACGGAAGAUAACAUAGUAUUGACUCCUUUUACAACUGAUACGAAAAAGACCAGCGCUUGCCUCAACUUCAUCAAAUAA